UGUGUGUGUGUGUGUGUGUGUGUGUGUGUGUGUGUGUGUGUGUGUGUGUGUGUAGGGGAGUUCAUCAGGGCUCUCUAUGAGUCAGACGAGGUGUGUGAGGUGGAUCCGAGUCGCUGCAGCAGCUCUGAGCUCGCUGAACAUCAGAGCAACCUGAAGAUGUGCUGCGAGCUGGCCUUCUGCAAGAUCAUCAACUCAUACUGUGUGUUCCCUCGGGAGCUGAAGGAGGUGUUCUCUUCGUGGCGGCAGCAGUGUGAGGCGCGCGGCCACCAGCAGGACAUCAGCCAGCGUCUGAUCAGCGCCUCGCUCUUCCUGCGCUUCCUGUGUCCCGCCAUCAUGUCUCCCUCUCUGUUCGGCCUGAUGCAGGAGUACCCCGACGACCGCACCUCGCGCACCCUCACCCUCAUCGCUAAGGUCAUCCAGAACCUCGCCAACUUCACCAAGUUUGGAAACAAGGAGGAGUACAUGGCCUUCAUGAACGACUUCCUGGAGCACGAGUGGGCGGGGAUGAUACGUUUCCUGUCUGAGAUCUCCAACCCUGAGACGCUGUCCAACACGCCGGGGUUCGAGGGGUACAUCGACCUCGGAAGAGAGCUGUCGGUGCUGCACGGGCUGCUGUGGGAGGUGGUGUCCCAGCUGGACAAGGCCACCGUAGCGAAGCUGGGCCCGCUGCCGAGGAUUCUGGGAGAUAUUUCCCGCUGCCUGGCCUCUCCUGUUCCUCAGCAGCAGAUCAGACGCUUCCAGGACCAAAACUCAGGCAACCUGAGCGGCAGCCUCUCCUCCGGCCUGCAGCGCAUCUUUGAGGACCCCAACGACAGCCCUAGAAUGAUCAUCGAAGGGACCCCCCCCCCCCUGCAGCUUCCUGUCUCUGAUCUGAUGGAGGGUCGCCCCCCCCCAAGCAGCAGUUUCUCAGACCCAGAGGAUGGAGACCUUCUUCUGUUGCCGGGCGGACGCAGCAUCUCCCUGGUGGACCUGCAGGACCUGGACCCCCCCCCAAACCGCCUCAGCAGGGGGGGGGGCUCGCAGGCCUCCAUAGGACACGCCCCCCUCCUCGCUCACCCCCCGAUCAAAGCCCCGCCCAGAGAGGCUCAGCCGCAGAGCGCGCCGCAGGCCAGGAGGCCGUUUCACCCGUCAAUCAACCAUCAUCAGCUGCGCAGCCUGCAGCCAAUCAGCUUCCAGAACCCCGUGUACCACCUCAGUAACCCGGGCAACCUGAGUAGCCCCGCCCACAGUCUGAGUAGCCCCGCCCACAGUCUGGCUAGCCCCGCCCACAGUGUUUGUAAUCCUGCCCACAACACAAGUAGCCCUGCCCACAAUACAAGUAACGCCGCCCACAUUCUGGGUAACCCUAUUAACCCCGCCCACGUUCUUUGUAACCCUGCCCACAACACAAGUAACCUCGCCCAUAUUCUGGGUAACCCUAUUAAUCCCGCCCACAGUCUGAAUAGUCCCGCCCACAAUAUGAGUAAUCAGAGUAACCCCGCCCACGUUCUUUGUAAUCCUGCCCACAACAUGAGUAGCCCCGCCCACAAUAUGAGUAACCAGAGUAACCCCGCCCAUAUUCUGGGUAACCCUAUUAACCCCGCCCACAGUCUGAGUGGCCCCUCCCACAGCCUGAUUAGCCCCGCCCAUAUUCUGAGUGGCCACAGCCUGUCCUCUCGCUCCGCCCACUCUCAGCUCCAGGACUCCAGCUCAGAGAACCUCAGCACGGAGAGUUCUCACAACAGCCGCACCUCGGACGACCUAGGCAGCCAGGCGGGUGUCAAAGGUCGCGCCCCCUCGAACAGCAGCAGCCUGGACGAAUCGGGGUCGAGGGGCGGGGGUUCAACGCCGAGAAAACACGCCCCUCCUCAGCCCUCUGACCUCCCAUUGGCCGUCGCUAUCCCCCGUCAGAGCACCACAGCUGGCACCGCCCAUAUUGUGAAGGUGGAGCAGAGCAGAGGAGGGGGCGGAGCCAGGACGCCACGCUCGCUCCCACACAGCCAACCACUACGCAGCAGCCCCAACACAGAGCCCGCCCCCACGACAGGACACGCCCCCCAGACAGGACACGCCCCCACAACAGGACACGUCCCCACGCCAGGACUUGCCCCCACGACAGGACACGCCCCCCGGCAACCGGAGAGUGUAGCUCCGCCCCCGAGGAGCGCCGCCAAGCAGCCGCCGCAGGUACUGCAGCAACAAGAGGCGUCUCCGGUGGAGGUGAUGUCUCCGGUGGAGCGGACGGCUGCCUGGGUGCUGAACAACGGACAAUAUGAAGAAGAAGAGGAGGAAGAGGAGGGGAAAAAGAGCAGGGAGGAGGGCAAGAACACCGAGAAGUACGAGCAGGAGAUCUCUCGUCUGAAGGAGCGUCUGCGGGGCUCGGGGCGCCGCCUGGAGGAGUACGAGCGCCGGCUGCUGGCUCAGGAGCAGCAGAUGCAGAAGCUGCUGCAGGAGUACAAGCAGCGCCUGGAGGACAGCGAGGAGAAGCUGAGGAGGCAGCAGGAGGAGAAGGACAGCGAGAUGAAGGGCAUCAUCUGCAGACUGCUGGCGGUGGAGGAGGAGUUGAAGCGGGACCAUGCAGAGAUGCAGGCGGUGAUCGAAGCAAAACAGAAAAUCAUCGACGCUCAGGAGCGGCGGAUCGACUCCCUGGACGCGGCGAACUCCCGUCUGAUGGCGGCGCUGACGCAGGUGAAGGAGCGCUACAACACACCUAGCAUCCACAACGGCCUGUCGCCCAGCAACCCCACCAAGCUGUCAAUCACUGAGACCGGCGAGUUCAAGAACAGCAGCUGCUGAUUGGCCGAGAGGGUGGGCGGCAAGAGGCGGGGCUUAGACUCUUAAAACAAGAGCAGAGACGGAAUCUAUAAAUAUGUGUGUAAAUACUGAAGGCUGUGUGUGUGUGUGUGUGUGUGUGUGUGUGUGUGUGUGUGUGUGUGUGUGUGUGUGUGUGUGUGUGUGUGUGUGUGUGUGUGUGUGUGUGUGUGUGUGUGUGUGUGUGUGUGUGUGUGUGUGUGUGUGUGUGUGUGUGUGUGUGUGUGUGUGUGUGUGUGUGUGUGUGUGUGUGUGUGUGUGUGUGUGUGUGUGUGUGUGUGUGUGUCACAGAAGCACAGAGAGGAAGGAACAAAACCAAAAACUAUAAACGCACUCCAGUUUUGUAACUGACUUUUUUAAAUUUGUUUUUAUUUGAAUAUUUUCUGGUUUUUGAUUUUGAAGCUGAAUUUUUUUCGAGUGGAGUUUUUUUUUUUUUUUUUUACCCGAGGAGUUUUGGGUUUUAAUUUAUUCUUCCACUGGUCUCCUUGUUGCUACUGAACCGACUCCUGUAGGAUCACACCCUGCCUGCUGUCACUCUUUCACAAUAAAAGCCUGAAAGUGUGA